AUGCGCGAUCCUGUUCUGACAGCUGACGGGCACACGUACGAGCGGGAGCUGAUCCAUGAGUGGCUGACCCGAAGCUGUUGCAGCCCCCUGACUGGACAGCAGCUUCCCAACAAGGAUCUCCUGACCAACCUCGCGCUCAGGAACUCCAUCGAGGAGUGGAGGAGGAUCUUUGAGCAGCUCGCUGACUGUCCUCCUCUCCCUCUUGCUGAGUCGCACCAGCUCAAGAGCGCCUGCAUCGGGGCAGGACAGGACAAGACGGUGUACCGAGGGAUCCUGGACGGGAAGGACGUGGCGAUACUGCUGGUGAGGAAGGGGGAGAGCGAGCACGAGGAGAGAAUACUUCAGAGGCUCGCGCGGCACCCGCACCUUGUCCGGUUCUGCGGGGCCUCGCGGUGGAACAACCAGCGCCUUCUUGUGACUGAGCUCGCCAAGUUCGGGUCGCUCGACGUGUUUGCCGAGCAGCAUAGGGCUGUCCUCUGCGCGGAUCGAGAGGAGGAGGAGGCGCUGCUGUUCGACAUCCUCUUCCAAGUGACCGCCGGCAUGAUCUCCUUGCACCAGGAGGACAUUCUUCAUCGCGACCUUGCCCUCAGGAACAUCCUUGUCUCCUCCUUCUCCUCCUCCCCCCUCAAGCUCCAAGUUAAAGUCGCAGACUUCGGCUUGAGCCGCAACGGCCCUUACUACUACCCCGCAGCUGCCGCAUCCUCCUCCUCCUCCUCCUCCUCCUCCUCCUCCUCCACGUCCUUUCCAGUGCGUUGGACCGCACCGGAGGCUCUCAAGAACAGGAUGAGGUUCGGGAAGAAGAGCGACGUCUGGUCAUUCGGCGUGAUGGCGUGGGAGCUGUUGGGCUACGCGGAGUUCAUCCCCUACUGGAAGACGAGCAGCGACUGUCACGUGCUCCAGGGCGUUGCUGACGGCUCGCUGCAGCUGGAGAAGCCCGAGGGAUGCAGCGACAACGUGUGGGAGCUCGCGCAGACCUGCAUGUGCAGGAGCGCGGAGGAGCGGCCUUCGUUCCUGGACGUGCAGUCCUUGAUCUUCCACCAGCGGCGCCGGGAGGGCAGGAGGAGGGAGGGGAAGGAGGAGGAGGACGAGCGACAGCAUGCGAAACCAGCGGGCUGUUGAUCUUGUGUAGGGGACGAGUAGGGAGGAGUGCGGAAGAAAGAAUGAGACUCUUCUAACAAGUACAAUAGCGACUUCCGAGGCUCUGACUUGCGGCGAGAUCUGAGGGAGUACUACAGACAACAUUGCACGUCAAGGAUGUGCACAGUGAAGAGAGAUGGAGUCUAGAAGGCUUCAGCCCAGGUGUUCUUUCCAUGUUUUCAAAGAGAGCAAGACUUUCGCUUGCGUUAGGCCUAAAACUAGAACUAGUCUAUUGGUGGGGUAGGGGUCAUAUUCGGAAGAAGUUUAUGUGAAAAGCAUUAAACCUCUC